AUAAUGUUUUGUAUAGUUAUAGCUAUCAACAGAUGAAAUGGCUUUUCAAGAUAAUGCUGUUAAACAAGAGGUGGACAAGCUAAAUGCCAAAGUGACUGAGCUUCAAUUUGAGUUGCAGACAAAGAAUUAUGAAGAAACAAUUUGGCAUACAGCAUAUUCUGAUUUAACAGACAAGCUUAAAAGACUUGAGAGCGAAUUGGAGAAAAACAUCACGAAGGAAAAUACCAAGAGCAAAGUCAAUUACAAAGUUACUGAAAGCCCAGAGCAGGUAAAGAGGACAUUCAUCCAAGACUAUCAUGACGGCAAAUUGGAGAAAAACAUCACCGAGGAAAACAAUACCAAGAGCAAAGUAUCUGAAAGCUCACAGAAAGUAAAGAGGGAAUUCACGCAUGACGAUGAUGAUGAAGACUGCAGCUUGUUAGUAUUUGCCUGGAGGCCUCAUUAAAUGUUUUAACAUUAUAAGAUGUUUUUAGGUUUCAUGUAAAGAACUAUUUAUUAAUAAGGACAAACAGUCAUUCUUCUUGUGUUUUUUUUUUGCUACUUUUCUUGAACACUGUAUGAGUCCUUUUAACAUUAAAAUUUUGAUUUGUAUUGUA